UUGACUGUCUAUCUCAGUCUGUGGGAAAACUUGUUAGAAGUCAAAGCAAUUACGCAGCUUGACAUUGCAAAAAUCACAUCUUUAUAUCUAAUUUACAGUGUACCAUCAAUUUCAUUUGCAAACUCUAGAUUUCUCAACAAGUGUUAUAAUCACUGCUUUCAAUGUUCUAAUAAAAUUCUGGUCCACCUUCAGAAACAGGGAAGCUGUGGUCCAGACUCCAGGGAUAGAUACUGAUGUCUGAUGCAAGCUUUUCUUAAAUAAGAGGGCGGUAACGCUGUCCAGUAUCCCUCAACCUAGAAUCUAGCUAGGCUGCCUGUAGUGCAACAACAGAUGGUUAGACAAAGAUUGGUGUUCUUCCCUCUGCCAUUGCAAGGCCACCAGACUCCGAUGCUUCAACUUGCAAGCAUCCUAUAUUCUAAAGGAUUCUCCAUUUCUAUCAUCCAUACCAACUUCAACUCUCCUAAUCCUGCUAACUACCCCAAUUUUACCUUCCACUGCAUCCCUGAUAACUUGUCAGAAAGUGAAGCUUCUACUGAAGAUCUUACACUGCUUCUGCAUAACCUUAAUACAAACUGUGUGGCGACUUUCAAGGCAAUUCUAUCACAACUAAUGUCAAAUUUUGAUGUUGCUUGCUUAAUAACAGAUAUUAUAUGGUAUUUCACGCAAGCUGUUGCUGAUAGCUUUGACCUUCCAAGGAUUGUGUUGCGGACUAAUAAUCCAUCUUCUUUCAUGGCUUUCACUUACUUGCCGCUUUUUAAGGAAAAGGGUUACCUAUCUGCCCAAGGCACUCAGCUAGAAGAACCAGUACAGGAACUUCCACCUCUGAAGAAGAAAGAUAUUCCUAGGAUUUACACUCGAUUUCCAGAGCUAAACGACGAAGUAACACAUAAGUUGAUGGAAACAACCAAGGCUGCAAGAGGACUUGUGUUUAACUCUUUUGAAGAACUCGAGGGUUCUUCAUUGACAUUGGUUCGUCAACACUUUCAAAUACCAGUUUUUGCAAUAGGGCCAUUUCAGAAACAGGUUAAGGCUUCUUUUAGUAGCCUAUUGGUGGAGGACCGGAGUUGCAUUCCUUGGCUAAGUGCUCAACCACCAAAGUCUGUGCUAUAUGUUAGCUUUGGUAGCAUAGCUGCUAUUGAUGAGACUCAAUUUCAUGAAAUUGCAUGGGGGCUGGCUCAUAGCAAGCAGCCGUUUUUAUGGGUCAUUAGACCUGGAUUGGUCCGGGGAUCAAAUGGGCUAGCUCCAUUACCAAAUGGGUUCUUGGAGAUAGUCAUGGGCCGGAGCAGGAUAGUUGGAUGGGCCCCACAAGAAGAAGUGUUGGCACAUCCUGCUGUAGGCGGGUUUUGGACUCAUUGUGGAUGGAACUCGAUUUUAGAAAGCAUAUGCCAAGGAGUGCCUAUGAUCUGCCUGCCUUUCUUCGGUGAUCAGAUGAAUAAUGCAAGGUAUGUAACCGACGUUUGGAGGGUUGGAUUGCGGUUUGAGAAGGGGUUAAAAAGAGAAGAUAUAGAGAAGGGAAUCAGAAGCCUAAUGGUGGAGAAAGAAGGCAAAGAAAUGACACAGAGGGUGGUAGCUUUACAAGAGAAAGCAAGUCUUUGCAUUGAGAAAGGUGGAUCAUCUUACCAAUCCUUGGAGAGUUUAGUUGCUCAUAUUUUGUCAUUUUGAAUGAGAUAAUCAUCAUUCCUAUGUUUCAAGAGCUUUAGUUACACUUUUUAUUGGUCUAUCAAUUCAACAUUCAGUCAUUCAUCA